AUGUUCCACGUUGUUGUUGAGAGUGGGGACGAACCAACAGUAUGCACGAAUCGUCGAACACUGGUCCUAGCCAACCAUCAGAGUACAGCCGAUGUACCAAUGCUAAUGUCUACAUGGAACCCUCGACCUGGAGUUCUCUCAAAUCUCAUGUGGAUCAUGGACCGCGUCUUCAAAUUCACCAACUUCGGCAUCGUCAGCAUGCUACACAAGGACUUCUUCAUACAAGCGGUGAGUACAUAG